AUGUCGUGUUUUAUGAUCGGUAAACGAAUCAUCGACAUAACAUCACCGCUGUGUGUAUCGGCGAAAUUUACGUUAAAAAGACAUUUUGCUUCCAAAAUGUUCAAAGAAAAGUAUGCGAAAAUACGACCACUCAAAACGCCAACAAUGAUUGCUAUGGAUAAUUUCGAUUUUUAUUAUGGACCGGUAUAUGGUAAUUACUGGCCAUCGAUACGUUUAGGAUUGCUUACACCGAAUAAAUAUUUCGCUGUUUUGAAUAAAUUUUCAAGAAAUCGGCAGCAGAAUGAGACAUUGUUAAAAGAUCUUGGUGCAUUUAAUAUUUUGGAAAAAGUUCAGCAACGAGUUACCAAAAAAAAUAAUGUUCAAUUGGAGUACGAAGAACCGAUACUGUCAGACAACACGUCGGAAGGUGAAGAUUCAGUAAUUACACAAAAGGAUAAAAGUGAAUUGGAUUCUGUAUAUUUACGUGGUGAGGGAGGGCUGGCACAUUUUCGACGGUCUGGUGAAAUUGCCUCGUUAGAAGAGCAGUCACGUUUCAAAAGUCAGUCAUCGAAAGGUGUAAAUAUUAGGAAAAUUAAUAUCACUGGUUUUGAAGGACAGUAUGCUGAGUUACCGACAAAAAAUCAUACGUUAACAUAUCCGGCUGAACUGGCCAUAUACUCUUUUCCAAAAGGUGAUCUAUCUGAUUAUCCACCUCCUCCAAAAGAUGAUGUUGGAACUCCAGGUUGGUGGCUCCUUGAUGGUGGUUCAGUUGCACCAGUGCUAGCUUUGGGUUUAACCGAGGAGUCAAAUAUUUUAGACAUGUGUGCUGCACCUGGUGGGAAAAGCCUUCUAAUCGUGCAGACUGAUUUGAUGGGUCAGCUACAUCGAGCGUUGGGACAAUAUAUACCGGCAAAUUUAGAUAUUGCUGAUCGGAUAAUAUUGAAAAGGAAAGAUGCAUCGGAGUUGGAUGGCUGGGAUGAAUGCAAUCUUUAUGACAGGAUUCUGGUGGAUGUACCAUGCACAUCGGAUCGUCUUUCGGUGAACAGAGAUGAUGGUAAUCUAUACUCUACUCAGUUGACUGAGCAACGUUUGAAUUUACCACAAGUACAAACACGAAUGCUUGUGAUUGACAACUUCAAGAGUUGUCGAAACAUUGCAAAAUAUAAUCCGGAAAGUUUCAUAUAUACUGCAAGUAUGUCGAUGUUUGUGGAUUUGCAGUAUAAUCGUUACAUAAAUUACAGCAUGCACAAUGCCUUACGAUCUGUUCGAGUCGGUGGUUGUAUUGUUUAUUCAACAUGCACCUUGUCUCCAGUGCAAAACGAUGGAGUUAUUGAAAAUGGUGUAGCAAUAGCGGAUGAACAUUUUGGAAUAAAAGUAAAAUAG